AUGAUGGAGAACAUGGGUGACACUCAAGGCGUCAUCAGUGAGAUUCACACCGCGAACAACAACAUGGCUCGACUGGGUCUAUUACCAGAGCUGCAAAAGCCAUACCGAAUACUUGAGAAGCUCAUCUUUGGGGGCCAUCCCAUGGCCAAGGUGAUCAACUAUAUCACGAGCCAGUGUCAAACGCACCGAGACUCAAACACUGGUGCCAAGAUGAAAUCCCAGUACGAUACAUUUCUACGGAAGAUACUCGAACUAGAAGCUGCACACAAGGUCGAGAUGAAGAAUGUUUUUGACGCAUGCGGAUCUAAUAUUGGUGCGGGAUCUGAUACAACCGGUAUCAGUCUCAGUGCGGCUAUAUACUAUUUGUACCGGAAUCCGGACAAGUUGGCGAAGCUCCGGGAGGAGAUUGAUACGAUGACAUCCAAUGGGCUUAUUUCCGAUCCUGUGACAUAUAGUCAGGCAAAGGAUAUGCCAUAUCUCAAUGCUGUCAUUAAGGAAACGCUUCGGAUACAUCCUGCUGUUGGCACAAUCUUGCCUAGGGUUGUGCCAAAGGGUGGGAUGACCCUUGGGGGCUAUUAUUUCCUUGAAGGAACACACGUUGGGACAAAUGCCUGGCCACUUCAUUACAGCGAGGCUGUUUACGGGCCGGAUGCCGACCAAUACCGACCAGAACGCUGGCUUGAGGACAAAUCAGAUCUUGAGUAUAGGGAUUCAAUGAUGUUUGCAUUCGGAGGCGGAUCGAGAACCUGCAUCGGCCGAAACAUUACUUUGUUAGAGAUGACCAAGUUCCUGCCUCAGAUAGUACGCAAGAUUGACUUCAAGUUCGAGGACAGAGAGAAGCCCUGGGACCUGUCUUGUUCGUUUCUGGUUUAUCCUAGCUACAAGUGCUGGGUAGAGUUGCGGGACAACAAAGAUCAGAAAUAG